AUGGACCAAGCGGUCGAAUUCAUAAAUGCAUUCCCUGAGUGUGCUGCUUGGCAUGUGACAGCACUCAGCGCUGACAAGAGCCAAUGCCUUUUCAAUAGACAGUCGAUUGGUCGGGCAGCGCUGCUGGCAGCGUUACCACAAUGGCUGCAACUCAAUAGAUGCCAUUUGUUUGUGCGGCCUUUGCUAGGCAAUCUAGUCUUCUUGGAUUUAGACGGCUACAAGGGACGGUGGGAAGACUUGCUGGCAGUCAGGCCACGGUGUGUCACUACCACGUCUGCUGGAAACUUUCAAGCGUGGAUCCUCAUCGACCACACGCUGUCAGCCAAAACUGCGUUCUGGGUGCAGCAGCAACUGACGCAGGCAUUGCAAGCUGAUGCCAGAGCAUGUUCUAUGAAUCAACAAGGUCGCAUGCCCGGCUCAGAAAAUGCCAAGCCUGGAAAGAAUCACGUGGUGCAAGUGCUGUAUAAAUCCUUGGAUCACUUGAAUGAGUCGAUUUUCCUUCAGAUGGUGCCCAAGCCGGUCUUCAGGAUUCAGGCUGACAAAGUAGUUCCCAAGGUAGCUGCUCCAAAGGUCCCGUCUGGAGAGAAGCUGCUUGAUCGAUCGGGUCAGGAUUGGCAAAGUGUUUGUACCUUUUGGGAACAACAUCCCCAAGCUACCAUGGAAGAAGCGCGGGAAUAUAUGCGAGGCCGCUGGCAGGCAACACGUCAGCAUCAACACUACUAUGAAACACUGACCUUGGAAAAGGCGAAGAAGCAUUGCCAAGGCGCAGCAUCAUGCGAAGCUGAGCCUCCGCGAGACGGCAGUCCUCCGGCUGUUGCUGCUCCAGCGUCCGCCAGCUCUGUGCCCGAGCAACCUGACGAUGUUCAGCAGCUGAUUGAGGCAGCCUUGGAUGCCAGGUUCCCACAAGUUGCAAGCACUACAAAACAGUGUGUUGAAUGCAAGAAAGACCUUCGCAGGGCGCUCUUCACAGAACGGCAGUUUCUUUCCAAGACUCCAGUGUGCAAAGAAUGCCGCCCAGUGGAUGAUCGUUUCUUGAAACGUGUGAAGUCCACCAAAAGCUGCGUGGAGUGCUUGAAAGAGCUUCCCCGUGAUUCUUUCACAGAUACUCAGUGGGAGCGCGGGUCAAAGUCCAAGUGUAAAUUGUGUGUUGCGAAACAACAGAUUUCCCAGAAGCAGCAUACCAAGCAGUGCCAGCAAUGCAAGGUGAAGAAGGCGAAGGAUGCGUUCAGCAAAACUCAGUGGGAGUACACUGGCAAGGUUGGCUCAACUUGCAAAGAGUGCUGUGAGACGAACAUGCGGAAACGGAAGCUUGACUUUGCCCAGGAGCAUGGUGGCAAACGCUCGAAAGACGCUGGAACUAGCGAAACCGCUGGCGUUGAAUGUUGGGAGACACAGGAUGUCGCAGAAGCACUUCGUUGGUUGCUGCACGUGCCUUUGACUUCACUGCCCAGCAUCGACAAGAAGACGGCUCAGGCAAUGCAUGCAGUGGGCAAAAGAGCCAAUUGGUGGAUGAAGGACAUCAAAGCUGACACUUCUGGCAUCUCUGUCCAGGAGAAAAUCAACAAAAUCGUGACAGCGCAUGAAUCCCUGCAGCACUUGGGGGGCCGAGAAGGUGUCAUCAAGGUCUUGCGUGAGGCCGAGCAGACAUGGAACAACAUGGAACUCGACGCAGCUUUCGUGCUUCGACGUUGUGGCUUCUGCCUCGCCAAUUCCACCCGAGGAGUCAACGUGCCGGAUGUGAGGAAGGGCCUCAAGGAAGUCCAAACGUUGCUGCUGCAGCAUUAUCAUCAUGUCGACAUACCCAAAAUUUGUUGGUCAGACAACGGAUCGCAGUUCCGGGGGGUCGUUGCUGAAGCGAUCCGACUCACCCUUGGAAUAGUGCCCAAGUAUAUUCCUGCGGGGCGACCGCAGUCCAAUGGCCUCGUCGAGGCGUACAAUAGAGUGUUGGACGGGAGUCACGGAGGUGACCGUCAACGCUUGCUCGGUGCUGUCUCAGCGUACAACAGUUUGCCCAGACGCCCACAUGGCCUUGCACCAGAAACCUUGUGGCGGGCGCUGAGGCCACUUGAGUCUCAAUGGCGCAGCAAAACCAUUGAAGCUGUUGCUGGCACGACUGCUGAUCCGCUAACGGAUGCGGAGUGGUUGGAGCUACUAGAUGAACAUGCGGCUGCCGAUACUGACUUGUACCAGAAAGCUGCAGAGAAAUUUGGGGAUGAUGUCACACAAUUGCAGAAGCUUUUCCACUCGGCCCAAGAACGUGCUGCUUUAGCGAAGAAGGUCAACAGGCAAAAGCGACAAGAGCUGAAGCAAGCACCUCUGGUGACCGGUGACAUUGUACUUUGCAAGUCAACGCAAUACAAGAGCACAGCUGGAUUUGGAAAAUUUGAAACUUCUUCUGAUGGCCUGCGUCAAUACAGUGUGGUCAGCUUCAGCGGCGGCAUUGCCACUUUGCAGGAGAUCACCACGGGAACAAUGAUCACACGACAUGAAUCCUUGUUGCGGAUCAUGCCGCGUGUCGUGCAGCCUGGACAAUGCACUGGAGACAAUGAAGGCUUGCCGUCGCCCAAUGCCAAAGCCGCAUUGAAAACUUUGGAAACCUUGGGUCGCUUCUUUGUCCUUCGGACCCGUGGCGAUGGAGGGUGCCUCUAUCGCAGUUUCGCGAUGGCCCUGCAAUUGCAAGCUGGCGUGAAAGUGCAUGCGCUCGAGGACAACGAUGCCCGAGCUGCAGCCCUCCGAGAAGACCUCGUGAAAUUCAGCAAGCUCUACGUGCAGGGCUGCACGGCCGAUGCGGCCAAUAUGGCGGCCACUUGCUUACAAGUGGAACUGGAACAAGAGACUGCUUGGGAUUCUUCGAAACCUUUCACCUGGGAAAGGUAUUGGGAGUUCAUGUCGAAACCACAUUCGUUUGCGACCAUGUGGAGCGUCGGUCGGUUUGUUGAGAGUUCGAAGUUGGCUGUGUUCGUCUACAUUGAAGAUAACAAGAAGGUCAAGCCGAUUUGGUCAGAGGACCCGCCAUGGGCCACGGGCCAGUGCCACGUGCUACGCACUGGUUGUCACUAUGACUUGUUGGUGCCAAGGCGCAUCCACUCGAAGCAAGGAUGA